ACCACCAAAUCUGAGGUCUCACUCUGAAGGCAAAAUUAUGAACAAAGAAGAAGAAGAAAAACAGAGAGAAAGAGAUGACGAGAAGAAGAACAAAAGCUCGAUAGUAAUAAAGAUACCUUCAUACCAAGAAGUUCUGGAGAGCUCUCAAACCAAAACGACCUCGUCUCUCUUCACUCCUUCCCCUUCUUUCUCUCAGGCCUUCUCCUUCGUCAAAUCCUCCCAAUCCUACACUCCUCCUCCUCCUGCUACUCCUCCUCCUCCUCCCCCCUCUUCCAGGCAAGUUGAGCAAUUGGAGGCUCCUUCUUCGUCUUCUUCUUCGCCGUCGUUGUCGAGUUCUGCUCAGAGUCGCAAUGCAAUUCUUGUGAGCCAUAGGCAGAAGGGAAAUCCCUUGCUCAAACACAUCAGGAAUGUGAGGUGGAAUUUUGCAGAUAUUGUUUGUGACUACCUGCUUGGGCAGAACUCCUGUGCACUCUAUCUAAGUCUUCGGUAUCAUCUGCUUCAUCCUGACUACCUAUACUAUCGUAUAAGAGAAUUGCAGAAGAACUUCAAGCUUCGUGUUGUUUUAUGCCAUGUUGAUGUGGAGGAUGUUAUUAAACCUUUACUUGAAGUCACUAGAACAGCUCUACUUCAUGAUUGCACCCUUUUGUGUGCUUGGAGCUUGGAAGAAUGUGGGCGGUACCUGGAGACAAUUAAAGUCUAUGAAAACAAGCCUGCAGACAUUAUUCAAGGACAAACGGAUACAGACUAUUUAUCACGGCUAACUCAUGCUCUAACAACAGUUCGACAUGUUAACAAGACUGACGUAGUUACCCUUGGUUCCACAUUUGGGAGUUGUUUGUCAUCUUAUUGCAGUCUCUUUCUCAUAUCAUGGAUGCAUCGAUGGAAGAUCUGGCUCGUUGCCCUGGUAUAGGGGAGCGCAAGCCAAACAUCAGGAGCUAAAUUGGCCAAACAUUCAGCUCAAGAGGGAUGUGAACAAACCCUUUCUGGAGAAGAGCCCUGUACUUCAAUAGAGGAUCCAUUAGGCCUCUCUUUGUACUGAGAGAAUAAUUCGUACAACUACCUGACCAUUUGCUGCUCAGUGACUCUUCUCCAGCAGCGUCCAGCCUUCCAAGUGAGGAUAAGCCCUUCUCUGUAUAAUGUCCAUGAAAAUUGUCACAUUAGGGCAGUUACUCUCACUGAAGCAAAGACCAAAACUCACCCCAUGCUCAUAUCAAAUCUGACACACCAGCACCAGCAGCUUCUAGGCUUCCCAGAGCAAUCCAUCCAUAUUGACUUCAGCCCAAAACAUCAUCUGAAACAGGUCCAGAGGCUAUAUGCUAUAUGUUAAACAGAGCAGAUAAGUUCUUGCCUAAAUUUGUAGUAUUGUGAAGAGGAGGCCAGACAAGCUAAUAACUGUCUUCUGUACAAAAUUCCUGAAGAUGACUGACAGCUUUAUUCUUUAGGAGUUGUUGGUCAGAACACCAACUCUGAUUCAAAUAUUUUAGAGCAAUGAUAUGAUUCUUUUGACCUCUCACUGUAGUGGAGACAGGAGAAAAAGAACUUGUUUUUCUAUCACCAAAAUUUAACCACUUCGUUCAAGAUUCUUGAACCAAAGAUAUCUCAUCUUGUUUAAGAAUAAUUUUAUAUUGUCUAAUUAGGUCAAGCUCCAAAGCUGCAGUAAUCUGAAUUUACAGAAGCCUCUUGUUUCUGGGUAUGUUACAGAAUUUGGAUAGAUUUAAUUCUGAUUUGCCUAAGAUGGUUGUUGUUACACUAAUUUUUGUCUAACCUCUUCUAAAUUUUUUCUCAGUUUUUAUACCUUUAGUGAAUACACGUGUCAAUUUCUCAGUAGUCAAGAUCUAAACAAUUUACAAUAGAAAAUAUUCUUUGAAUCAUUGUAAUUGAAUUUACAUGGAGAUAAUUUUCUUCCUGUGUUCUUGUGAACACGGACUUUGGUUUGUGUUAUUGUGAACAUGGACUUUGGUUUGUGUUCUUGUGAACACGGACAUUGGUUCAUGUUCUCUAUAAUACGAAUCAUAGGUCGUGUUCAAAGCAACUCGUCUUGGUCCCUGUUUGUUAGGACACAACUUUCGUUCCAUGCCGUAGUGAACAUAACACGGAUUAAGAACACAAACGUGCGGGUAGAACACACAAGUAUACAACAAAAUAUCUGUGUUCAUAAGAACACGGGUAUUGUCCACUUCAAUGGUGUUGGUUAAGGCUUUAAAGAGGGAGGGCCAAGCUUAAGUCAAGCACUAUGAGCCAGACUAAUGUAAGUGUCCUUC